UUGAGAGAGAUAGUAAUGGGUGAUUGGGCUGGGGUGGUGAUAGGUUUGGUCCUGUUUGUGGUGCUUUCACCAGGUUUACUCUUCCAGCUUCCCGGCAAAGGAAGAGCAGUGGAUUUUUGCAAUUUCCAAACAAGUGGCGUCUCCAUCUUUGUUCAUUCCCUUCUCUUCUUUGGAUUCAUGGCCAUCUUCCUUAUUGCCAUUAAUGUUCACAUUGGCAGUGGAUAA